AUCUAUAUAAGCUUUGAUAUGUGUAUGAAUAUUUUCACCUAAAUAAAUCUCCAAAUUUAUGUAUAGUUUCUGAUAUAUCUUCAAAGAUAAUCCUUUAAUUUUCCUACUCUAUGUUUUUAUAUGCUCCAUGUUCGAUUUUCUCUUUGUGAUUUGCUUAUAUGUGUUAUAUAUAUAUCCACUUCAACAGUUUUGUACGCUUUCUUUUUGAAGUUAUACUCUAAGAAAGACUUACGAGUUAUCAAAUUAUUGAGAAAAGUAUAUUAGCAAAUACAUGUGUAAAAUUAAGCUUUCUUCAGAACUGCAGUGGUCACUUUGAGUUGACCUAAUUAAUAUCAGAUCUAAAGUUUAUAUACACAUCAAAAUUAUGAUUGAUUUGAGGUUAGUGGAAUUAAUGGUUUCAUCUCGGCAAGGAUAGGGAGGAUGGAAAAGAGAGAAAUAAAGGGAUAUCGUUUAAUUAACUGGUUUAUAGAAGACAACAUUUGAAAUUAGAAUUCUUCUGAUCAAGUUAAAUUUAUUUGGGGCUAUAUGAAGAUAACUUACAGAAUCAUCACUGAGUUUUCUUCCAAGGUUAUAUAUUUUUUAAAAAGUUGUUAACGAAGCUAUAGGGUUCAGGUGAGAGAUGAAGAUGAAGAAAAUGGUAAAGCACAUAAGAACAUAAUUCAUUAUUCUGACAAAAACAAUAUACUUUUUUUGUUUGUUCAAGGAGUUGUACAAACAAAAGAGAUUUUUUCUAAAGAAGCAAUGAUCUGCAAUAACCCGUUUGAUUUUGGCUAAGUGAUGUUUAAUUUGUCGACAUUUAAAUUAGACCAGGUUUCCUGGUUCACGAAUUAUUUUAAUGUAGAGUUAAAAAUAUAUAUAAGCUUACUUAAAAUAAUACAUAUUAUGUUUUUUUGUCACAAACAUAUUAUGUUAAUGAUGUUUAUUAAAAACAAGAAAAGAGUCUCCAUGUUUUCAUGUUUUAAUGAUAGCUAGAUCCCAGUAAAGGGGAAAACAUCUAGUAAAACCGAAAUUACUUGUUCAGUUUACCAGCAUGAUCUGGUGAAUCUGUGUGUUCACAACUUGUUCAUUUAGUAUCCAAUUUGAAGACCUUUAGGUUUGUAAAUAUUUUUUUUAAUUUUCAUUUCCUUAGAUUGGAUGUUGGACAUAUUAUGCCCGUUUCAACGUUUUUCCUGCAUGUGUAUAAGAGUUCAAAAAGAAAUGGCGUCAUCAUCAUCAAAUACAUACAACUCACCAUGCGCCGCGUGCAAGUUUCUUCGCCGCAAAUGCAUGCCGGGAUGCAUAUUCGCGCCAUAUUUCCCACCGGAGGAGCCACACAAGUUCGCCAACGUCCACAAAAUCUUCGGAGCAAGCAACGUCACCAAGCUCCUCAACGAGCUCCUCCCUCACCAGCGUGAAGACGCAGUCAACUCCUUAGCCUAUGAGGCCGAGGCACGUGUCCGUGAUCCUGUCUAUGGCUGCGUCGGAGCCAUCUCUUAUCUCCAGAGACAAGUCCAUAGGCUUCAGAAGGAGCUCGACGCGGCUAAUGCGGACUUGGUUCACUACGGUCUGUCCACGUCAACACCUAGUAACGUCGUCGACUUAGUGUUUCAGCCUCAGCCGCUUCAGCCGCAGCAGCCGGUGUAUAGGCUUCCUGGGACCAGUCCGGUGAUGAAUCAGCAGCCACGUGGUACCGGAGGGUCGCGUGGGACUUUUCUUCCUUGGAACAAUGGAAAUGAUCAGCAAGGAGGUAACAUGUGAUCAGAGUAUAUAAAUUGUGUGUGUGUUCCAUCUAUUCAUCUCUCUCCAUCUCUCUACAUUUAUGUCAUUAUGUGUGUGUGUGUGUGUGUGUGGUAAGAAUGCAAUAUAAUAAGAUGGAAAUUUUUCCAGCAAACAUUUAUAAAUGCAUGGACUGUUAUUUAUUUUAUGAUGAGGUGUAUAUAUAUAUCGUGGUUUUCCAUUA